AUGAGUCGACCCAACAAUGGGGAUCAGCUGCUCUCCUUGCAAUCGCCGUAUGACCCGAGCCUGCAUUCGGCGCAGCCGACGUCGCAUCAUUUCGCGCAGCAGCAGCCUCUGCAACAGGUCCAGCACGUCCAGCAGCACCUGCAGCCGCAGCCCCAGCAGCAGUCUCAGCAAGCGACUCCGCCUCAACAGCAGCUUCAGCAACAGCAACAGAUGCACGAGCUGCAACUUCAACAACAUCAGCAGCAGCAGCAGCAGCAAAUGCACCUGCAACAGCAGCAACAGCAGCAACAGCAGCAACAGCAGCUACAGCAGCAGCAAUUGCAGCAACAACAGCAGCAGUCGCAGCCGCUACAGCUGCAGCAGCCACAGCAGCAGCAAACACCAGCACAGCUGCAGCAGCCGUUGAGCUUUCAGAAUGCCGCCGCAACUGCCGUCCCUGCGGCCUCGAUGGUCAUGCAGGCGGGGCAUCGUCCGAUCUCGCACCAGCGGUCCACGUCGCUGGGCCUGAACUUCCACCAGCUCACGACGUCGGACCUCAACCACCAGUCGUCGAUGCCGGCCAGUGCCGACCGCAUUCAGAGGUUCGACUGGCCCCCACCCAUCGGCGCAGUGCCUCCUCAGCAGCAGCAGCAGCAGCAGCAGCAGCAGCAGCAGCAACAGGUCAGCGCGGGCACUCCAAUCCAAACGAUUGGCGCUCUCGUACCCACAUCCAUGGCGCAGGCGCACCAAGUCACAAGCAUGCCGGGCUCCUCGACCGCUGCGCACGCCGCCAUGCUGAGCUCGGUCCCAGAGAUGAUGAUGGCCUCGGCGCCUCAGAGAUUAGCUGGGCCAGCAACGUCCGCACCAUCUGCGGCAACGACCGGUAUGGCCAUGCCGUCGCGUGAAACAUCGGCCGGGGUUGCUAGCCCGGAUCCGCCGGCUGGAGGCAGCGUCGCCACGAUCGGCCAGAUUGGCCAGCUGCUGGACAACGUCGUCUUGCUCGCCAACAACGCCAGGGACAUGUUCAAGCAAGGCGAGCACGGCGUGAGCAGCAACUGCCUCGGUGACUUGCAGCGCUCGCUGACCCGGAUCGGCGAGCUCGGCACUCAGAGCCUCGCCACGGUGCAGGCGGAUCGAGCUGCGUCGGGUCAGACCCCUCAAAACGAGCAGGUCCAGCAACAGCAACAACCCCACCAGGACCAGGGGCAGGCAUCGGCGCCAAUGCCGACACCCGUCGUCCGUGGCCCCGCAUCGUCGGCCCCCGCAGAGGCGGACAACAUUGCUCUGCCCAGUCCGGCGGGCAAGAAGCGGCCCAUGCAGGUCGAUGGGCUCGAGGGCCCUCUCAUCAAAUCGCUGCGUUCGGAGGCCAACACGCCCGUGCACCCUCCUUCGGCGCCGCCCUCGGCACCUCCCAGCAUGGCUCCGCACUCUUUGGGCAUCGUUGCUCCGGAGCCUUCUCAUAGCGCUCCCCCGAUCCAGCAUGCCGCGACGUUGCCGCAGGUCGGCCAGCUGCACCAGGCUCACGCUCAUAUCGAUACCGCUCCGCCCAACCUGCAGCGGCUGCAGGCGGACGACCGAUCGCACCAGUCUUCCCCCACCACGCCUCAGACGCCCUUCGAGUUCCCCCUGGCUCAGACCUCGUCGAUUUCUCAGGCGAUGCCGAGCCAGACCAUCCCUGCAAAUCCUCCCGCGGCCCAGAAUCACUCGCAGCUCUCAUCUUUGCAGAACGCGAUGCCGCCCUCGGCGUUCCUGGCGACGAGCGAGGGGCUUAGCUCGGAACGGCCUCGCAUCUCGAGAAGCGCACUACAGAUGUCGACCAUGGACGAGUCCACCGGCUCUGGCAUGCACUCGGCGCUCGACUCGGGUGCCACGACUCCGGACGGGUCGCAGAGCAACGACGAGAGCUUUGACGACGUCGACGACCAGGGCACCAACCGCCAUCUUACUAAGCAUCGGCGCCACCGGAGCAGCGGGCCCUUUUCGAGCGGCGCCUCGUUUGAUUUCUCGCACCUCGAGGAUGGCCAGGAGACUCCCGCUGCCGCUGCCGAACGGGCUGCCGGCGCCGCAGCUCUGUCCCCGGAGCUACGCAGUUCGUUGGACCGCAUCUUCCACGACUUCCUCACAGCCGUCUGCUCCAACCUCGAGGCCACGGACGACAGGGGCGAGCUCCUCCACCAGACGCUGAUGCCCAAGAAGAUGGCCCGGCUCGACGAGUCGCCCGACUUUCGACCGUUCAAAUUCCGCAUCCAGGCCUUUACCAACGCCUUCCAAGCCGAGGUCUACCGUCACGGGAUCAGCGAGGCCGACUGCUCCAUCAAGAAGAUCAAGCAGUUCCUGUGGACCCAACCCAACAUCUCGCGUUUCAACGAGGACGGCAAGAAGGCCAAGUCCAAGGGCAACCACAUCUGGAUCGUCGAGGCAAAGAAGCUUCAAGAGGGCGGCUGGGAGUUCCGAGAAUUUUCGCGCAAGAUCGCCGGGGCGCCCGAGAAGAUCGCCUACGUCGGUCUCAAGUGGGCCUGGCCGUUGCGCGUCUGGGAUCCGCAGGCGUCGUCGUCCAGCAUCAAGGCCGUCUUCUCCGCCAACAGCCUGCCGUCGUGGAUCCACUGGGAGGAAGGACAGAAGACGCUCUCCGGCGUUCCCGACGCCACCAGCGAGAGCGGCGAGAUCAGUGUCACCGCCCACUACGUCCACGCCGGCCAGCUGCACCAGCUCCAGCACUCGUUCCACCUGCAGGUGGCCUCGUUGACCUCGCACGAGCCCGGUCUUCAAGAUCCCCAGGCUGGAACUCUGGCGGCCUCGUCGAGUGGGGAAAGCGUCAAGGCCGAGCCUCCGGUUGAGCUGCAGAGCCAUCCCAGCAUGGCCGGCCCCUCGCUGACGGCCAACAUGCAGGCCGCCCCAUCCCAGCCCCAGGUGCCGCAGCAGCAGCAGCAGCAGCAAUUGAUGCCGCCCCAUGGCCAGACGCCUGCCGUGCCCGUCAACCCGUAUCCUGCCGAGUCCAUCAAGUACGAGGUCGUCGACCCUUCGAGGGUCCCGGCAGUCCUGCACGCCAUCUCGUUCCCCUUCACGCCGCCGGUGCAUCAAGACUCGCGCCAGCAGUACUUGAGCCUGGACGCUGCCACAAUGACUCCGCAUCAGCCCGACGCUGCGCAGCCGCUCCAGCUCCAGCAACACGCGCAGAUCCCGCAGCCGGCCCAAGCCAGCAGCGUGCCGCACGGCACUCCCGUCGGGCCUGCAAUGGCCGAUGGGAUGGCGCAGCUCGCCAGCGCCCCACCGACGAUGAGUGGAGAGGACAUGCACGCCCAGCAGAUCCGCUCGAUGAUUGAACGGCGCCAGCAGGACCAGGCGGCGUCGUUCUUGCUCUCGAUGCCCGCUCGAAAGGGCGCUCAUCCGCCGGCCGGACAGUCGACGCCAAUGUCGUCGAUGCCUGCCGACAUGUCGGCGCAGCUACCCGCCAUCUCCUCGAUGCAACAGAUGCAGCCGUCGAUGGCCGCCAUCGCACCGAGCGUAGCAGCCAACCACGCAGCGCUUUCGCCGGCCGUGCCGGUCGACUUGAACCCGAUGAGCCAGGACACGCCUCGCAUGCCCACGUACGAGGAGGCAACGAUCACGCCUGUGCCGCAGCAGCAACAACCUGCACAGCAGCAGCAGCAGCAGCAGCAGCAGCAGCAGCAACCGCAGCAGCAGCAGCAACCGCAGCAUCAGCAACAUCAGCAGCAGCAAAUUCCGCAACAGAUGCCGCAGCAGAUGCAGCCGUCCCAGCUCCAGAUGGCGCAGCAGCAGCAGCAACAUACGCAGCAGCAGCAACAGUGA